GAGACAGCUUACUAAUUUUAGAUCUUUCAAAAUCUGAAUUUGAUUCAUCAGAGCAAGAAUACUUUGAACCUUCUGAUUAUAAUAUGGAUUCUGAUUCUAUUGAAUUACAUUCAGAUCCUAAAAAUUUAUCAUAUUCGUUUCUCUUUGGAUCUUUUGAAUCUGAUGGAUCAGGAUUGUCCCAAGAGACUCUUGCUCAAUCAUUCUCCCAAACUGAUACACCUCCAUCAAUUGAACUUGACCGCUCAAAAACCCUUACUGAAUCAACAAAUAUUUCCUUGACCAGUACUGAUACAUCAGUUAAUACACCUACUUCAGCAAGCAUAUCUGGUUUACAGAAAAAUGAAAUGCUUGAACGAUUUCUUCAAGGGAAUUUUCAGAAUUGUACAAUAAAUUUACAUUUUUAA